AAACGCAAUAAAUCAUUUUUCAUAGUUUACAGCUUCAACAAUGGCUUUCAAGUCCGAUGUUAUUUUUGAGGAGAUCAAGGAGAGAAUUGCCACCGACAAAGAAAUGGUGAAGAAGGUGGGCACCUCAUUCCGUAUGACAAUUGCUGGAGCCGAUGGAAAGACAAAGGUCUGGACAAUUGAUGCCAAAUCAGACACUCCAUACGUCGGAGACGAUUCUUCUCGACCAGUUGAGAUUGAGAUUAAUAUUAAGGAUUCCGAUUUCAUUGCUAUUGCCGCCGGAAAGAUGAAGCCAGAUCAGGCUUUCAUGCAAGGAAAGAUGAAGCUUAAGGGAAAUAUUGCCAAGGCAAUGAAGCUCCGUACUAUUCUCGACCCAAAGAUGCUCAAAGCCAAGCUCUAAACAAAAACCACCCAUUAUGCCAUAUUUUGUAUUAAAAUCAUUUCCAAAUAAACUAUUAUUGUGGCCAUAU